CAUGCUAUUUGGCAAUCGUGUCGCCAAGGUUUGUACGUUGUACGUUGUAUCAACGAUCUUAAUGACCCAUGCGGCAGAGACCACAUCAACCACGAGCGAUAAACAGAAGCCAACGCAAUCGAGACCGGUGAAUCUCUUUAUUAUUAAUGAUCUGAACAACGAGAUGGCCAACGUGAGCGUGACCGCCGCCCUGAAGACCUUGAGGGAGAAGUAUCCGGAUUACUUGGGCAAUGUGUGGUCCGUGCAGAUCAACGAAACUGAUUCCAGCGACAGUCUCGAGAAAAUAUGCAACACCUGGACCUCAGCUAUCGGACGAGGCGGCGCAUCCGUUCCGGAUCUCGUCUUGGAUGUGACAACGUUCGGUCUUGGAUCCGAGGUCUCGGGUUCGUUCACCGCGGCUGUGGGAAUCCCGACCUUGUCCGCCCAGUUCGGUCAAGAGGGUGACAUUCGGUACUGGAGAGAUCUGAAUCUCGAUCAAAUGAAUUAUCUGAUCCAAAUUAUGCAACCGAGCGAUCUUGUGCCUGAAGCUGUUCGGCAACUGGCGAUCCAGAUGAACAUGACCAACGCCGGCAUUUUCUUCGACAGUAACUUCGUCAUGAAUCACAAGUACAAGAGUCUGUUGUUGAAUGUGCCAACCAGACAUGUGAUAAAUCUGCUGCGGAACUCGAGCGAGGAAAUACGAGCUCAGCUGAUAAGUCUACGAGAUCUGGAUGUGGUUAAUUACUUUAUCCUGGGCGACAAGGAUUCCAUUUGCAAGAUAAUAGAUGCCGGCGAGGAGUUGGCUUUCACCGGAAGGAAGUACGGCUGGUUUCUUCUGACCCUGGAGGACGGAUUGUGGCCGGACUGUCCGUGCGAGAACAUCUCCGUGUUGUUUCUAAAGCCGCAACCACCGAUACCGGGCAAUCAAAGCCAACCGGAGCCCGUCGUGAGAACGAGGCUACCGAAACCGCUCAUCUCGUCCGCUUUCUAUUACGAUCUGACUCUGUUGGGCGUGAGCGCGAUGAAGUUGGCGCUAGACAACGGCGACUGGCCCCUGGAACCGAAUUUUUUCAGUUGCGACAGCUACAACGGCACGAACACACCGACGAGAGGUCUGGAUUUUCUAAACAAACUAAUGGAAGCCACAAGAAACAUGACGCCGACGUACGCCGGUUUCAACUGGGGCACGAAAAACGGGGAGCACUGCGCGGACUUCAAGAUGUCCGUGUACUUGGUGAACAUCGAGCGACAAAAAAUCACGUCGAAAACGGAGAGCGGGGAAUGGCAGGCCGGCAUCUCCGUGCCUUUGCAGAUCACCAACGAGAUCAUCAUGAACAGCAGUGCGAUAACGAGCUACAGAGUGGUCGCCGUGCAGCACCCGCCCUUCAUAAUGUACGAUAACACCACCGAUCAGUGGUACGGUUUCUGCAUCGAUCUCCUGAACGCGAUCUGCGAGACCGUGCCGUUUGAGUACGAGGUGCGCGAGGUAGACGAGUACGGGUCGCUGAACGAAAACGGCAGUUGGAACGGAAUGAUCAAGGAGCUGAUAGACAAACGCGCUGAUAUCGCCUUGAGCUCGCUCUGGGUCAUGGCGGAGCGGGAGAAAGUCAUCGACUUCACGGUGCCCUAUUACGAUCUAGUUGGCCUGACGAUCAUGAUGCAGAAAACGAAGACGUCGACGUCGCUAUUCAAGUUUCUCACGGUGCUCGAGAACAAUGUCUGGCUUUGCAUACUGGCCGCGUAUUUCUUCACCAGCUUCCUCAUGUGGGUGUUCGACCGCUGGUCACCGUACAGCUACCAGAACAAUCGGGAGAAGUACAAGGACGACGACGAGAAGAGGGAGUUCAAUCUCCGAGAAUGCUUUUGGUUCUGCAUGACCUCACUGACUCCUCAGGGUGGCGGCGAAGCGCCGAAGAACUUAUCCGGAAGACUCGUGGCUGCCACAUGGUGGCUCUUCGGCUUCAUCAUCAUCGCGUCGUACACGGCCAAUUUGGCGGCCUUUCUCACGGUGUCUAGAUUAGAAAUAUCCAUCGAGACCUUAGAGGAUCUGAGCAAACAGUACAAGAUACAAUACGCGCCUAUACUGAACUCGCCGGCAUACACGUACUUCCAGAGAAUGGCAGACAUCGAAGGACGAUUCUACGAAAUUUGGAAGGAUAUGAGCUUGAACGAUAGCUUGUCGGACGUAGAAAGAGCGAAAUUGGCCGUUUGGGAUUACCCCGUUAGCGACAAAUACACGAAGAUGUUUCAGGCUAUGAAAGAGGCUGGUUUUCCAGCCGACAUGGACGAGGCGCUAAAGCGAAUUCGACGUCAGGGUCAAUAUUCGAGUAAUGAGUUCGCUUUUAUCGGAGACGCCUCGACCAUCAAGUAUUACACUAUGAAGAAUUGCGAUCUGACUCAAGUCGGGGAAGAAUUUUCGAGAAAACCGUACGCUAUCGCCGUACAGCAAGGCUCGCCGCUUAAAGAUCAAUUUAAUAACGCGAUCCUCAUACUGUUGAACAAAAGAAGACUGGAAAAGCUGAAAGACAAAUGGUGGAAGUAUAAUCCGGAGAAGAAAGACUGCGAAUCGGAAAGCAGUCAGAGCGACGGUAUCAGCAUUCACAACAUAGGCGGUGUGUUCCUCGUGAUUUUCGUGGGCAUUAUCUUCGCUUGCUUCACGCUGGCCUUCGAAUACUGGUACUAUCGGCAUCGCGCAAAAGUAAACGAAUUGCACAAAUCUACAUCUGGCAAACCGAAAUUUCCCAAAUCGAUCAAGUCGAUCAAGUCGAUCAAGUUUAAUUUACAUCCCGCCCCGACUCGUGCGUUUCAAACGUCGCAAUUUGGAUCGAGAUUCUAGGUUUCACCGGCUUUAUAUGUAUCUGCAGAAUAUACAUGUAGAGAGUACGAGUGCAGCGUUAUCGCACAAAAAAAUGGAAGUUUGUGUCUGGAAUAAAUGUUUUUUUUUUCUUCUAUAUCAGUCUAUAUUAAAAUACUUCGUAAAUUUUUGCGAUCACAAGAGUGAUCGUUGCAAAAAUUGACACGAUUUUAGAGCGUACUUUUCUGUUCUACGUGUUUCUUUAAGGUCUAAGUUGAUCCGUGACAAAAUAAAGUACAAUUUAUACUAUUUAUGUAUAUUGUUAGGAGAGGGAUAAAUAAAUUUUCACGCCCACUUUUCAUAAUUGCAAUGCCUUUAUUUAUCGUUUCCACCAUACAUUAGUCGCGCAAAGAUAACCUAAUCGCUCUUUUUAAUUUUCUUUUACAUUGCAUUGCACGUUCAGUCGCGUCAGUUUCCAAAUACAAAUGUUGUUCACGAGUGAUACAAUUUGUUCGACGCGUAACAUCUUUCAACAUUUACUUCAACAUUCGUUUCCAAAAAGGCAUCUGCAUUCUAGUAACAUUUUUCUUGUAUCUCUUGCGCAUCCUUCGCAAGAAGCGUGUUCUCAAGUUACACGGUUUUUUUGUUUUUUUAUAUGUAUGUUUUUCAGUUAUUCGGUUUCCUUAAGGUGAGCACAAGGAAAGCGUUGGAUACGGGGAGAUUUGGAGAAGGGAUAGGGGCUGGAGAAAGGGGGAGAUUAAUCUUCUAGGCAGUUAAAUUAUAAUUAGAAGGAUACGGUUAAUAUAAUCCAUUAAUUAAUUACAAAAAACAACAAGAAAACAGAACAGCACUUCAAAUGCCCGAUUUCUAGCCGUGCGGCGUUUAAGAUAAGUACUCAAAACUGUAUUCUUUCAUGUAUAAUAAAUCUCCAAUUCCUAAGUCGCACACAUGUAAUUGCUUCUUUUGUUUUUCUUUUUUUUCAUAAUAAUUAAAUAAGUAUGGCCUGCACGUCGGGCGAGAAACAAAAUUGCUUACUACAAUUUUCUAAAAAAAAACUCAGCGCGUACUAAGUUCUUUUCGAAAAUCACAAAGUAAUCAACAACCUACAACUUAAAUCGCGUUGACUACGUGUUUUUUUCUUUAACGUUCUCUCAACGUUAAACGCUGGUGUACACGUAAGGUAUACACUCUCUUUUUCUUCGUCUCGUUCUUUUUAUUCGCAUCAAAGGAUUCACCUAAUUAUCUAAAUGAAGUUAAUAUUCUUGCGUUUCGUUUCAUUACAUGUUGUUCAUUACAAGUAACGAUGGGGUUUACUUGUGUCCUUCUUGGAUACAUGCAUAACAAAUUCCACAUGCCAAGAGGACCCCCAUUUACGCUUCUCUCUUAUACAAUUCUUUGUAUCGCGAAAAAAAAGUAUAGCUAAACCUCCAAACUCCGGUUAUAUAGCUAUUUUUUUUAUUUUUUUUUUAUUUUAGCAGCUUACGUUAUUUUCCGUUCACAAGGUCAACGGACGCAAAGUCCUCAAUGGCUGGCACCCGAAGCUGCUGUGCCUUCUAUCGAAAAAAAGAUAUACGUAUAUAAUUAUUAUAAUUGUGAAAAAAAAAAAAA